AUGAAGGACGCGUCUUUUGUUGCCACCACAUCAAAGAUGUAUUCGAUAAUCAAUGCGACAGGAACAUUCCUCGCCGAGAUGCCUUCUUCCGGACAGAUGCUUGUACGUCUCCCUACAUCAACAAUGCUUGAUAUUGGAGGCGUUCACAUAAGAGGUCGCUCAGACGUGCUGGAACUUAAGCCAGUAUUUGUGGCAGACCGGCUCUCAGGAUUGAAGCAUUUGGACGUCGAGAGAGUUAAAGAAGAGAUGAGAAAUUUGAAAAGGACAGUCGAUUUCUCCUUGUUUGAUGCAGCCCACGACGAAAUCGGCUACCAGAUGGAUGUGGACUCUUUCAAACAUUAUCCAAUACAAUACACUCUCAUUGUUUUGGCUGGUAUUAGUUUUUGUUGUGUGUUGUUUUUUUUUGUUCGGUGUUCCAGAAGAAGAGUGACCGCUUGGUAA